AUGUAUUUCACUUCAUUCAAAACCUUCAGACCUUCAACAAUUCUACCAAGAACAAACCCGAAGGACCUGAAGCAGCACCAGCCAACGACGAUCCGAGACCUGACCGUCGUGGAGACGAGCUACCAAACGCUUUCGCAGCCCCGACGACCACGAGCCACAACGAUCCGUAAAGCGACCAUUGCGGAAACAAGCUACCAAGAGUUCCGGCAUUACCAUCGACGAUCCACGGACAGCCUGCGGCGGAUACGAGACAUCAAGCUUUUUCACAACGUCGACCGCAAGACUGUCGAACACGCCGUGACACAGCCACGAGGCCAUAGCGACAUCACUCCGUCGGCACUGACGAGCAGCACCUCCGCCGAACUUAUCCUGGCCGACGGCUAA